CGUCACGUGGUCAAAAAAACAAAACGUCAGUGAACGUCACUGAAAAUUAUAUUUAUUAGUUGCAAAGAUAAGAGCUGCAAAAUUUAAAUUAUCGUUGUAAUUUCUAAUAAGAAGGUACAAUAAUUAUACCAUGGAGACCGAAAAAGAGGUUAUUAAGGAAACUAUCAAUACUGAACCCAUGUUACAAGAUCCGUUGUACAUAACCUUACUAAGUGUGGUCGUGCUGUUAGUUACUUUCCUAGUUUGGUGGUUUUUGUCGUCACGUCGCCAUUUGCGUCGGUCGGUGCUAUUCACCGGUCUUUCAGAUGCCGGCAAGACAUCCCUGUUUGUUAGACUCGCAUAUUCUGAAUUUAGGCAAACAUUCACGUCUAUGAAAGAAAAUAUUGAGGACUAUGAUACAUCGAAUAAUAAAACAUUGAGGAUUGUAGAUCUCCCUGGUCAAGAGCGUCUCAGGAACAAGUUCUUUGAUCAAUACAAACACAGUGCUAAAGCCAUUGUGUAUGUUGUUGAUUCUGUUACUAUACAGAAGGAGAUCAGGGAUGUGGCUGAAUACUUGUACACAAUACUUGUGGAUCCUGUAAUUCAGAGCAACUGCCCCCCUGUACUAAUUCUGUGCAACAAGCAAGAUCUACCAAUGGCGAAGGGCGGACAACUCAUCAAGAGCCUUCUUGAGAAGGAAAUAAACCUAGUACGUGUGACCAAAUCUAGCCAGUUGGAGUCAGUGGAUUCUUCUCAAUCAAAUAAUACGACAUAUCUUGGAAAGGCCGGAAAAGACUUCGAGUUUUCGCAUCUCAGCUGCAAAGUCGAUGUUCUAGAGAGUUCCAUAAAUAUGGGCGAUCAAGAUGAUGAUCCUAUAGAAAUGCAGGGAAUACAUGAUUGGAUUGCUAAACUAUAAAAAGUGGUCCAAAAUAAUGGAAUAAACUCACUAUCUGUCCUAUUUUCUCAUUUUUUCCUACUGCUGUGUCUACUAGCAAUAAAACUUGCAGCUGUAAUUGUCAUGUCAAACUCAUAUUGACUUGCUGCAAGUGCUUACACAGUUCAAGUGACUUACUUGCCAAAGCUUCUGCAAGUUUAAUUGCUAAGACGACACUGCAUUGUAAACGCUUGAAGACUUAACAUGCGCUAGACAUGAGUAAUUUGUAAGACUUUUGAUUGUUAAAUUUAUGCAUUUUGAACCUAUUUUUGUAAGAAAUAUUUUAUAAAUAAAACGUUUAAAAUAA